GUGAUACAAAGUAUGUAAUGAGAAUCAAGAAUAUUCAAUAGUUUGUUAAAAUGAUUUCGUUAUAAGAGGUCUACAAAAUGUUUAAAAAGUUAAAGGAUAAGUUAGCAGAAGAGGUGAAAUCUUCACCUCAGAGAAUUCAACAAUUUGCUCAGGCAGCGCAGGCUGCUGUAACAUCAGCAUCCAGCAGCAUUUCGGAUAUUACAAAUAAUGAUUUAUUUUCUAUUGGAGAUAAUGAUGUUAGUCAUAAAAGUCCUACAUCAGCUGCACAACAACAAAGAUUCCAUGAAAUAUCUCUGGCCCAGCAGAAAAUUUCGCAAACAGGUUUAGAGACACCAGAUAUAUCAUUCCAUGAUGAGGAAAACUCAAGACAGAGGCGUUUGUCUAACAGUUCAUUUGCAAGUGAUAUAUCCUUCAGACUACCAACAUAUGAGAGUCCAUCUAUGUAUCAUAUUCAGUCUGAUAUGGAUGUGUCUGCCAGUGAAGCAGAAGAGAAAGGUUUCAGCGGAGGUAUGGUGAACCUGGACAGAGUAACAAAGGAGCAAUUGUACUCUGCAUACAGAAGAACACGAGAUAGAUUCACCAAGUAUAAAACACAGUACGCAGAUCUAGCGAGACAUUACAAACUACUGGAAAGAGAAAAUGCAAAAGCGAGGAAUGUGCUAGUUGAAACUCAAGACAAGGCUUUAAGAAGAAUUUCAGAACUAAGAGAGCAGUGUACUUUAGAACAAAGUGCAAAGGCACAUCUUGAAAAAGCUCUUCGUGAGGACAUUGAAGAGAAAAAUAUGAAAAUAGAUUCAUUAAAUAUGAAACUAAAGAUUUUGCAAGGAAACAAUGAAAGUGAUAAUUUUAAUAUUACACAGGAAGAUUCAAAUGAUAAUGAAAGUAGCGCACAGUUAAUUGAUUUAGGCCUUAAUCAAGAACACGGAAUAACAAAUCCAGAGCCUUUACAAUCUGAAAUAACAGCUUUGAAUAACAAAGUUGAAAAAAUGGAAAAGUUGUUGAACAAAUAUAAAGAAUCUCUCAAAAUAAGUAAAGAAAAGAAUGCGCAGAUGACUGCAGAACUACUAAUUUUGUCAACUGAUUUAGAAAAUAAAAAUGAGGAAAAUGAAGUUUUGAAAUCAAGUAAUUUAGAAUUAACAGAAGCAAAAAAUAAAAUAGAAGAAUUAAAAAAUAGUAUCGAAGAGAUCCAAAAUAAUAAUACAGCCUUUGAAUUCUCAAAAAAUAAAGAAAUUUCAGUACUCAAAUUAGACCUUGAACAAGCCCAUGAUGAAAUAACGAAAUUAAAAGGUAACAUUGAAGGCUUAAAGAAGAGAGAAGAAGAAUAUGCAAUUUCAUUAGCAGAAAACAAAUUGCGUAUUCACAAAGAGCUUGAGUCAAAAGAAGCAGAAAUAAAAUCUUUAAAAGAUAGUUUAUCCUUAUCUCAAAAUGAAGUCCAAUCACUUAACAUUGUUCUUAGUGACUACAAAAAGAAUCUAUCUUUGUUAGAAGAAGAGCGUUCAAAAUUAAAUAAUAAUUUGAAUGAACUCAAUACAGCUAGAUUAAAAAUAAAGGAACUAGAACAACAACUAGAUGAAGUUAACAAAAAUUGUCAGGUUAUCGAACACUCAAAAGUAAAAUUAGAUGAAGAAUAUAAAUGCUUGGAAUUACAAUUGAAACAAGAAACAGCUGAGAAGUUAGCAAUGAUAGAUCGUAAUGUCUAUUUGGAAAAUAGGAACACACAAAUAUCAGAAGAGUGUUCGAAAAAGAGCCAACAAAUUCAUAAAUUGGAAGUUGAGCUUAAGACAUUCACAAACAAUAAAGAUUCUCAAUUGGAUUGUUCAUUAGAAAACACAAAAUUACUUGAAGAAGUGGAUAAAUGGAAGUCAAAGUAUAAUCUGUUAGAAUCUGAGAUCCAAGAAGAAAGAGAAGAAUUAGUCAAACUACAGACAGAAAUCGAGAAGCUUUUAUGUAAUCAUGAAUCUGUACAAACUGACAAUAUUAGAUUACACGCUGAAUUAUCAGAAUUGAAAUCUAAAAAUAAAUUUUUGAUAGAACAAAAUACACAAAUUAAAUUAUUAUCAACAUUAUUAUUUAAUAAGGUGACAAAUUUGAAGCAAGAUAUUUUUAUUUUUAAGGAGGAAAUGAAGUUAACUUCAGAAGAAUUGAUUCGCGAUAUUAAAGAAUCUGUAAAAGAAAAACUACAUACACUUUUGAGCAAUGUAUUAAAAGAAGCUGAAGGAAAUAUUGCUCUUAAAUCAAAUAUUUCCAAAUUGCAAAAAGAAUUACAAAUGGUAACAAAUUUAUGCGAAAGUACCAAAUCUGAGUUACAAUUAAAAAUUAAACUGUGCGAUGAACUCGAAACAAAACUACAUAAAACAAAGACAGAAUAUGAUAAUUUGAAAGAAACUAUAUGUAACAAAGUCGAGGAACAAACGACUUCAAAAGAAGAAAUGAUGAUUUUAAAGAAGGAAAACCAAAGCCUACAAAGGGAAAUUGAAUUAAAGACAGAUAUAGAAGAAAAAGUUGAAAGACUGAAAGAGGAAAAUUUAAUAUUAGAAGAUAAAGUUCGAAUUCUCGAAGAACAAAUUGUUUUAAAUAAGAAAGAAAAAGAAGAAUACAUGUCCAAACUGAAACAUUCCGAAGAACAACAAACCACUACACAACUUGCAGAUCAGAGGUCAAAGGAAUUGAUUGAAGAAUAUGAAAAUGAAAAAAUAGAUUUGGAAAAGAAGAAUAAAAAUUUACUUGAAAUAAAGGAACAAUUGGAGGAUUCACAAGAUAAACUCAAAUUGGAUAUAGAAAGUUUAUCACAGAAAGUCAGUGAAAGUGAAUUUCAUGUCACAAAAUUAAAAUCAGAAAUAGAAAAAUUGCACAAAGAAAUAAAUCGUUUAGAAAAUUAUAAUACCGAACAAGAAUCGAAAUUUCAAACUUUACUUGAAAAAUUGAAAGAAAAAGAUGCAGAGAAUAGUAAAAUAGGAGGUGAACAAGAUGUUUUACAUGAAAAAAUAACAAGCAUUCAAAAUGCCAAAGUUACAGUUGAAACUGAGAACAGAGUAUUACAAGAUGAAAUACAUAAACUAAAAUUAGACAAUUCUUCUUUGAUAAACGACAAUAACGAAUUAAAUUCUAAGUUAAAAGAGAUCAUAGCACAAAAUACUGCUUUAGAUUCGGAAAAUAAGAGUAAUCUUAAAGAAUUAAAUGUUAUUAAAGAUAGUAAUACAUAUCUACAAGAAAAAGUGAAUAUUAUAAAGAAACAACAUGAAGAUGACAUACAAUCGCUAGAAAUUUUGAGGAAUGAAAAUUCCGAUUUAAAGAGAAAACUUGAUGAAAAUAAUGCAAAUUUCCAUGAGUUACAGAAAAACUUUAAAAACUUGGAAUCCGAAAACAUGGUUCUUAAAAAUCAGUGUGCGACCAUUUCUAAUAAUGUAAAAGAAUUAGAAAUUGAAAUGCUCCAAGUACGAAAUUCACAUAUAGAAAUUGAAAAGGAAAAGGAUCAUUUAAAUACCGUAAUUAAAAAUUUAGAAACGCACGAAAAAUCACUGGAUGUUUUAAAUGAUGUACAUACACAAACUAGUCAAGCUCACGAUUUCAAAGAUAAAAGUGUUCAGACGAACGUCGAAACUAUAAGCAAUACUUUUGAUACAACUAAUUUGACGAGUAGUUCUAUUCAAAGUGAUUAUGCUGUACUGAAGGAAGAAAACAGACGUUUGCGUUCUGAUAUUGAAGGCCUACAAACUUAUCUAACGAAAAUUUCAAAAGAAAAUAGUGAUCUGAACGAUAAGCUAAGAGAAGUGAUUACAUCUAAUGACAAUUUUACGGAACGAAGUGAAAUAUCGCAGUACGAUAUAGAGGCCCUUAAAAAUGAAAUUCAAUCUGGAAGACACAAAAUCGACAAUUUAACAAGAGAAAAUACACUACUUGCAGAAGAAAAUUUGGAACUUAAAGAUCAAAUACAUUUUCAAAGUUUGAAUAAUUCAGAUCCUAUUAACGAUCAAAUAAAUGACGACAAAAAUUUGCAUGAUAUAACUAAAAAAUAUAAUAAUUUAUUAGAAAGAAAAAAUGCUUUGGAACAAAGAGUCAAGGAUUUAGAGAAUGUAAACUUUUCUGCUAAUGCUAAUCUGCAGGAAGUACAAGAAAACAAUGAUAAAUUGAGGCUCUCAAAUGAUAAAUUAGGAAGGCGGUUGGAUGAAGCCCUUGUUAGUCUGAGACAUUUGCAUUCAUUGCAAGAGAACACUGAAUUAGAGUAUUUAAGAAACAUUUUAUAUGAAUAUAUGACAGGAUCAGGAACACAUUCUUUAACUCUAGCAAAGGUACUAUCAGCAGUGGUUAAAUUUAGCGACUCCCAAACUGAACUUGUUAUGCAAAAGGAAAGGGAGAGGCAAGGAAUUUUGCGGCAACUUGGCAUUGUAUGAUAACUAAUGUGGCAAAAAAAGUUUAAGUAUUCCAGUAUUGAAGGACAUUUUAUAAAGUUUUUCAUAUAAACUGUAAUUUUUAAAAGACUUCAAUUAAGGAUACGGACAUAAGCAAUUUUCAUAUAACAUAUUAAAAUACAUUUUAAUAGUAUUAAAAGCGGAGCUUCU